AUGUCCACAAAACAUUCAGGAGUGAGUGAAUACGUUCAAGUUAUAUUUGACAAGUGGUAUAUGCAAAUACAGCUGGAUACAGUUGUGCAUGCAUAUAUACUUGGAUUUGAUUUUAAGACUCUCACCUAUGACAGCAUUGAUGAGCCUGAAGAUUAUAUGUAUUGGAACAAAAUGCUCAAAUCUUGCAACAACAAGAAUGUCCAUACGUGGUUUAAUGGCUAUGACUUUAACAAGGUAGACAAAACGUGCAAGGAAAAUAAAGGAAAUGGAUUGCCAAAGAUAUUCUCACUACCCGUUUCAGAAUUUGUAUAUUCCCUUUUGGAACACUACUCCAAGCAGAAGUCUGACCUUGUCGAUUCAAAUGGAGAGUCUUCCCCCUGUGAUUUUAAUAAGACUACCUCAGUCUCACUUGAUUCUCCUGCUAAAAACUGUGCUGGAAUACGCUUGGUAUACUUUUUAUAUGCCAAAAUUUUGGCGGAAAACUGUCAUAAAAUCUCCAAGAUGAUUCUGAACAGGGAUCGAAAGGAUGUUUCACAUUCUAUUAAAGCUCCAUCCACUGGUCUAGAUAUCGAAGAUUUAUUCCUAUUUGAUAAACCAGGAGUUAUAGAAAUUGCAGAUGGUCUUUCUGUGGUAUCAUCUGAGGAGAUAGGAAGUGUUACAUUUUCAUUUCAAAAUCUAGAUGCAGAAAUAUGCAGACUCAUGGAAAGCGUAGCAGAAAAUCUAGGGAUAGUAUCUUCAUAUGACAACCAUCUUCACAUACCGGCGUGCAAAAGUGUCAAAUUUAUGAUGAAGGAUAUUUUAAUCGAUGACUCUGCUGAAGAGGAUUUAGUGGAUAAAGCACUCGGGGCCCUGCGUAAUAAUUUGGCGAAUAUCCGCACAUUUUUGAUAUUAUUGUGGGAGCAAUUCUUGAAUUUUCAAAGGACAUUACCAGCCUUUGAUUUAUAUGGUAAGGACUAUUGGUACAAGAGAGGCUUGCUCUUCAAGGAACUUCUCAGCCAAGCUGACUCAGAUAAAGCGCUAUCACUAUUGAAACCUCUAAACCUAACAGAUGAACAUCAUUUCUUCAUCGCGGAUACAUUUCCGUAUGUUAUAGAUUCUCCAGGAUCUUUGCAAAUAGAUCCCUCCAGCAAAUAUGUGGAAAAUGAUUAUUCUGGUCAUAUUAUAAUAUUGGUACAUGGCUACGGAGGCAAUCCAAUUACUGUCAGAGGAUUCAGAAACAAUAUAUUGACAAUAUUCAGGGGAACUAAAUGCAUUGUACCCUUGUGCAUUAAAAAUGACUAUAAUCAACCUAUAGAGAUAUUGGCGGAACGUUUGUCACAGGAGAUUGAGGAUAACCUUAGAUCACAAGAUUCUUCCUCUAUCAAAAAGAUAUCCUUUGUAACACACUCCUUGGGAGGGAUACUUGUGAGAAGUGCGCUAAAAUACAUGGCUCCAUACCUUGACAAACUUCACGCCUUCAUAACGAUUUCCACUCCUCACAUAGGCUAUCCUGUUGGACAUAGGCAGGAACUUUUUCCCACAUGCAUGUCCUUAUAUGCAUCAAUAAAAAAGGCAAAAUGUCUGAAUGAAAUGCUCAUGAAGGGCACUUCACAUUCUAAAGAAUACAGGGAUAGCUUAUUAUACAAACUCAGUCAUUACAAGUGUAUAUCCAAUUUUAAAAAGAUUGUGUUGAUUGGAGUAAAGAAUGACAAAAAGGCCUAUGCGUAUUCCGCUUUAAUAAAUGCUAGUGAAUUGAAACCAAAUGAAGUAGUGGCUUGUGAAAUGGAAGCUAAUAUUUUGGAAAAUGUAGAUUUAAAUAACUUGAAGAGGAUAAAAGUAUCGUACAAAUAUGCUAAAAAAUACCUACACGAGGCUAACAAGCAUCUUCGUAAAAUUGCCGGUAGAGGUUACUACGCACAUUCCAAUAUUAUGGAUGAGAGAAUUGUGAAUAGGAUACUUUUGGGUAUACUCUACGACACCUUUUAG